UGGAACGUGAUAGUGGGCUACAACUUCUUCGUGAUCUUGGCCAAGUGUUCGCUUCAACUGAUGGGUUGUGUCUACUGGAAUCGACUAGUCGGAAGUCGAAUCUGCUGGCUUAUUCAACUCUUUGGUAUCAGCUGUAUGAAUCCGGUCGGGUGGAAUGACUAUGUUGGAUAUUCAAGUGAUAUUGGCUGUGAAAUUGUGUCCAACGGCCUCCACUGGGACGUGGUUUGCUUCGCAGUGAUUAUCUUCCAGCGCAAAAUCUUCACCACAUCCUCCUUCCGUCACGUUGUUUUUGAUCUCAACGUGCAGAGCUGCUUUGCUUCACGGGGCGCCUUCCUGAUCAAUCGCAAGUUGAUGCAAGUCAUCAGUGAGCAGAUUAUUCGCGAGAAGAGGGAUUUGGAGAGAGUGCAACGCAAGUUGGACAGAAUCGCUCAACAUCAAAAGGAUGCGGGCAAGAAUAUGGAGAAUAUCACCGAGCAUUAUAUACUGAUCAGAUCCGGUGACUACUAUCAAUUCGAAGGCGACCCUGAGGAUGAAGAAGAAGAAGAAGAGGAAGAGACAAGUACGACAACAACCUCUCAACUACUGUUGGGAGCCACUCCCUCGACAAUUGAAGGAGUUCACCAUCAGACGGGGAAGGAGCUAAGUCACCGAGAAAUGUUGCAGAGAAAUCAUAUUCGUGCUGCCUGGCCAAACGCCACUCCCGCUCAAUUGGAUGCUCUCGCCAAUUACACGUGUCCUUAUAGUCCCGCGCAGUGUCACCCUCAACCAGCAGCUGCAUUCUCUGGUUCACAGCAGGCCAAAUUAAAGCCACGAAGUCGAUUUGUGCGUGCAGACACUGGGGGGAGAGAGCCAUCCAGUUCGUCCGAAUCAAUAAAUGACGCCACAAACAAUGUAGGCUCUGGUCGUUCAUUCGCGACAUUUCGUACGCAUCGUCGAAUGUCUUCCUACCCGGAAGCUUUCCUGGCUGCGAAGAGACGCGCAAAACGCAAUGAACAAGCUUUAGCUGCUGCUGCUGCUGCAAGCACCUCUGAUGCAGGAAUAGAACUGCAGGCCUUGCCAGCGAGGAAUGUGCAGCAACAAUCUCAACCAUUCACUUCUCAGUCUCAGUCAGCUCCUAAGCUAAAAGGUCAUCGCAGAAUUGCGUCUGCUGGACCAAUGGUUCGAAGAGGCACAGAACUCACACCUUCACCUCUCCCAACCAGCACGGAGAUGGAGGACGUUGCAGAAAGGCAGGAGCAUCGUCUAAAGUUGGCUGUAAAUACGAAACCGACGCCGCGUAAUGCAUUACGUCCCUCUGUCACCUUUGCGGCUUCUUCAUCACCGGAUCCUGGAACAAUUGCCGACAACGACGGAGAGGAGGAAGAGGAUUCCUUGAUGAUGCAGGAUGCUGAUGACGAUGAUGACGAUGAUAUUGACAUUCAUAAUCACAUGAAUCCGCUCCAGCUGCUCAACCAGGCCAUGGAGCAUGGCGUGCGAUCGGCUGCCAGGCAGUAUCGUAGAAGAAACAUGAUCACUCAUCAAAAUAGGGUGAGCAUAGUGGCGGAUGGAACGACAGGACCAUCAGAUGAUGCUGAGGGGGCUCCAGCGCCAGCAAUCAAACUAAGUACGACUUUCUUGAAGCCCGCGAGACCACCACUUUCCAAACAGGUCACCUUGGAUGGAUCUCAGGCUGGAACUGGCACUGCUGGAAUUGCUACAGGAACUGUUAGUAGCCUCAAUACUUCCAGUGUUCGUGCUCCAUAUGAGGCUGACGAAAACGAUGAGCCCGAACAACCUACUAUGAGUCGUGCUCCAUUACGUUACGACUACGCUAUCGCAGUUUCUGGUUCCGGGCAGACUCCCUGUCGUACAGAUUCCGAUGGCACACUUUCCCAUCUGAGUCAAGAGGUUAUGGAAAAUACAGAAGCCGAUAAAUCAGAAGGCUGUUGGAGUCGUUUCAAAGCGGGAUGUCUCGUUCUACACAUCUUUCUCCUCUCUACAAUUCAAACAACUACCGUCUGGCUUAACUCAAUUACUCGUGUGCAUAGACGCAUUCGCCGAACAAUCGAUAUUGAGAAGCGUAAGGUCAAACAAAAGGCCCUCUACAUCUUCAAUCGCAGCUCAACCGGCACCAGGGUGACACUAGAGUCUGUUGUGCUGGAUGUAAUUUCUGGUGGUGCAAGUCCUUAUCGUUCGGCGCAGGAUUCGAACGCUUACGGAGGAGGAAUACCAGGGGGUAGGCGAAAUCGACCUGCACAGGGGUCUAUUGAAGGUGUUCCGGAACUGGAUGAUGAAUUCCAGGACGAAGUGCUUGAUUCUUCGAGACCAGCGCAAGCUCUCACGUGGGAACAGAGGGAAAGGGAAUUCAGACGAUCUCGACCAAGCCUAUUCCUGCUGCUCAUUGCUGUUGGAAAUCUUAUUGUCGUGCACUCUGAAUUGGUCUGCUAUCUCGUGCUAAUCAUCAAUCACAUGAGAUCAGCAAAUGUGAUUUCUCUGGUCUACCCACUUAUGAUUUUUCUUUGGGGAAUGUUGUCGGUGCCAAGACCUACCAAAACUUUCUGGAUCACCCUCAUCACCUAUACUGAGUUGGUGAUUAUCGUCAAGUAUAUCUUCCAAUUUCGCUUCAUCAAAUUCAACUCUCCCGAUCAAGUUUCAGCCACUCUGGCUAGGACGCACUGGUUGCCAGUCAUCUUCGGUGUUGAAAAGACAGACUCCUACGCUAUUUGGGAUCUCAUUCAGCUUCUCUUCAUUUUCAUGCAUCGAAGCUACCUCAAAAAUUACGGUUUGUGGCGAGAUGACACGGAAUUCAAGGAAGAUCUCAUCAAAGCAGGCGCUGCUAAUAAGGCCAGUUCUAAGAGGAAUUAUGGCCAAAGUUCGAAUUCGAAUAAGAAAGAGGAGCUGAUAGUGUCCACAUACUCUAAAUCAUCUAGUUAUCAGGGUUCCUCCUCCUCGUCCACCUUGAACCCAAUCACUAAGAUGCGAAGAUUCUACCUCAAAAUGACUGACCCGAGAUACAAUCAAAAAGUGGAUGUAUAUGUUUAUAUGUUUAUCUGCGAGUUCCUCGCAUUUUGGAUCAUCAUCUUUGGUUAUCAGUCUUUCGGUCCAAGUACCGGAAUGGGUGAUAACGCCUUUGAGUUCAUUAAAACCAAUCGCGUAAGAAAUUGGCAUUAUUCCAGCUCCCUUCAUUGGAAUGAUAAUUAUCCAAUCAGUGUUUAUUGUCUUGGAUCGAGCGCUAUUUCUGAGGAAGCAGGUUUUGGGAAAAUUCAUCUUCCAAAUUUUCCAUGUGAUAUUGAUUCAUGUCUAUCUCUUCUUCAUUCUGCCUCAAAUUACCAUGACUGCAUCUACUUUGGUCUUUCUGCCUAUCAAAUUCGCUCUGGCUACCCACGCCACAUUCUCGGCAAUUUCCUCACCAAGAAUUACAACUACUUAAAUCUGGUUCUCUUCAAGGCCUACCUUAUAAUGCCCUUCGUGUACGAGGUGCGCAGCGUCAUGGAUUGGAUGUGGACGGACUCACCACUCUCCCUCUAUCACUGGAUGGAACUUGAGGAUAUCUACGCCAAGGUCUUUGUUAUGAAGUGUUGGCGACGCUCGGAGAUUGAGUAUCCCACUCCACUCGGAAGGAAGAGAGCACUCUGGGUGAAGUAUCUAGUGGGAAUGCUAAUCCUACUCUUUGCAUUCGUGUGUUUCUGGGGACCUCUGGUAGUAUUCUCCUUCAUCGAUACCACCUUUGCGAUUAACGUCCCCGUUGAAUGCUCACAGGCGCUGGCUGUUGGGGGCUUUCCUGCCUUGUAUUUCUUCACAUCACGGGAAAAUAACCUCCUCCAUGUAAAUGACUCCUUCCUCUCUGAAAUUCGGCAAUGCAAUGCUCUUAAUCAGGCAAGUUUUCUCUCACUCUCUCUCUCUCCCUCAUACUGUGCAUCAUUGGCAACCACUGGUUUUGUCUCCAAUUUCAAAACAGAAGACGUUAGUAACAUGACCUUUGAUACUGUAUCCGAACGGUUGUGGACAAUCACUCCGCCUAUGUACCAACGACUCAUGAACGAAUUAGCUGAUAAUUCCUCGCAGAUGUCUCUCACAUUCCAUGUCACUUGCAGGAGAACGCCUCGACCUAUUGAUUCAAGUGCUACACGUGUGGAACAAUUUUUCAAUCGUCCACUCACACAGAAAGAGCGAUUAGAAUUUCGGGCAGUUCUAAAUGAAAGUCUUGUCUUAUCGUCUUCAGGUUCAACUGACCUUACAAGUACCAAGACUGUUCGGCUAGAUCUUGCCUUUCCUCGUUUCUUAUUUGCUCAAAAGAGCAAUCUUCGAAAUCCUUCAGGCAAUCUUGCCAAACCAUACACUUAUAUUAAUGUUAGCGCUUCCCUAGAAGUUGAUCGAUUCACACAUCAAAGGUGGUGGGUGAUGGAAGAAGUGGGUUUAGCUGAAGCACCUUGCUACGGUAGUGUAAAUAAUCUCUCAGAGGCCGAUAUGCACUACCGUUCUCCUAAUCGUCUUUUCUCAAUCAUAAUCUUCAAUGAGAGAGUAUCAGAUAAUUUGCUUGGAAAAAUCUUCUCUUCCUAUGGUAUUAUUGGAAUGUACGCUGCUUACAUUUUCUUUGCAAGUCGAAUACUCCGUAUGAUCUACAGUGACAUCUCUUACCAGAUCUCUCUUCAAGAAUUGCCCCAUGUAGAUAGACUGCUCAACCUCUGCCACGAUAUCUAUCUCGUUAGGGAGAAUGGCAAACUCAACUUGGAAGAGCUUCUAUUUGCAAAACUCAUUUUCCUUUAUCGAUCAUCCGAGACAAUGAUUAAGUGGACACGGCAUCCAAAAUGGCUAAUUGACAAAUUUACCAAGAAACCAGAGGAUGAAGAGAACAAUUCUAAUAGAAAAGAUGAAUUCGGUGCCGUUUGGCAAAGAAGAGGUUCCAUAGAGGACAGCGUGUUUGGCGUUGAACAACCACAAGCCGAGAAUGUGGUAUCCAGACGUAGGAGUAGGAUUGUCUCACCAACCUCGGGAGUAGUUCGACAAAGAUAUCCCGACCCAUUGAGUCAAUAA